GCUGGGAGAAGCGGAGUGUUGGUGAGUGACGCGGCGGAGGUGUAGUUUGACGCGGUGUGUUACGUGGGGGAGAGAAUAAAACUCCAGCGAGAUCCGGGCCGCGAACGAAAGCAGUGACGGAGGAGCCAGUACCACCGGUAACUAAAUGACCAUGGAAUCUGGUGCAGAGACCCAACAGAGUGGCGAUGCAGCUGUAACGGAAGCAGAAAAUCAACAGAUGGCUGUACAAACACAACCACAGAUUGCAACAUUAGCACAGGUUUCUAUGCCAGCAGCUCAUGCAACUUCAUCUGCUCCCACAGUGACCUUAGUGCAGCUCCCUAAUGGGCAGACAGUUCAAGUCCAUGGAGUUAUUCAGGCAGCCCAGCCAUCAGUUAUUCAAUCUCCACAAGUCCAGACAGUUCAGAUUUCUACUAUUGCAGAGAGUGAAGAUUCACAGGAAUCAGUAGAUAGUGUCACAGAUUCUCAAAAAAGAAGAGAAAUUCUUUCAAGAAGGCCCUCCUACAGGAAAAUUUUGAAUGACUUAUCCUCAGAUGCACCUGGAGUUCCAAGAAUUGAAGAAGAAAAGUCUGAAGAGGAGACAUCAGCACCCGCCAUUACAACUGUGACGGUGCCAACUCCAAUCUACCAGACUAGUAGUGGACAAUACAUUGCUAUUACCCAGGGAGGAGCAAUACAGUUGGCUAAUAAUGGCACGGACGGAGUACAGGGCCUACAAACGUUAACUAUGACAAAUGCAGCUGCCACUCAGGCCAGCACUACCAUCCUGCAGUAUGCACAAACCACUGAUGGGCAACAGAUUCUCGUACCUAGCAAUCAAGUUGUUGUGCAAGCUGCCUCUGGAGAUGUACAAACAUACCAGAUUCGAACAGCACCCACCAGUACCAUUGCACCUGGUGUUGUUAUGGCAUCAUCCCCAGCACUUCCCACCCAACCUGCAGAAGAGGCUGCACGAAAAAGGGAAGUUCGUCUAAUGAAGAAUAGGGAAGCAGCACGUGAGUGUCGUAGGAAGAAAAAGGAAUAUGUGAAAUGUCUAGAGAACAGAGUGGCUGUGCUUGAGAACCAAAACAAGACACUGAUUGAGGAGCUGAAAGCACUUAAGGACCUUUACUGCCACAAAUCGGAUUAAUUUUGGAUUUUCAUUUUCACCUUUUAAGGUGAAGAAAAUGACUGGUUUGUCACAGCCAGAAAGACAAAGUAAACUUUUUAUUUUCUAAACAGUUCUCUUUUUUUCUAUGCGCAAAACUGCCUGAAAGCAACUACAGAAUUUCAUUCAUCUGUGCUUUGCAUUAAACUGUGAAUAUUCAGACACCUGCCUCCACUUCUCCCCACCCCAAGAAAUUGUCAUCUUCCUGAUCAUGAAGAAGAGACUUCUGUUUUUCAUCUCCUCUGUACUCUUCAAGGACUAUUAAUUUGUUCAUUUGUUGAAUUGUUGGGGGGAAAUGAGAAGAAUUUUUUUAAUGAUUUCAAGGGUUUGUGCUAAGCUCCUUGAUUGCCUUAGCAACAGAAGUGCUCCCUUUCCUCUUACGCACCCCUCCCCCCAGCCUCCUGAAGUAUCGUCUGGACUGAAUGCAGAAAGUAAGUAAGGUGCAAUGAAGAAGUUUUUGAUUGCCAAAUUGACCUGUAUUCAUUGUAAAUUAUUUAAAUUUGUUGCUAAUGAUAUGUCCCAAAAGGAAGGAUUUAUAUAUAGAAAAAAAAUUAGGAAUUCAGUUUUUUGUGUAUGUUCUAUUCUCUAAUUUCUGCAGUGCUAAAAACUUGUUCAUACCUGUCAAACAUUUGGGGGCUGGCUCUCUUUUAGGUCACUCCCUUCAUAAUUGCAAUUCUUUAUGUGUUCUGUAUUUUGAAUACAUUGAAGGAAGUCACCAAGUGAGUGGCAUAGCACAGCCUAUGGAUCAAAAAUGAAGUCAAAGUUAACAAAUCCAGGUGUGAAGAGCUUUUUACUUAAGGCAUUAUUAAUUUUUUUAGUGAAGAGAACUGUUAAAAAAUAGGAUAGCCCCUUUAUAUUAGAGUUUUUAUGAGUAUUCAUGGCCAUGGCUUAGAACAGUAAUCAUUUAUUAUUUCUUAAAUUUUUCAAUACCUGCUCUUCCCCCUGCACUUAACAUUUUAUCAUAACCGAAAAAGCCUUCAAGAUGCUAAAGAGAGAAAAUAAAAUACUAUAUCAUUAAUGAAAAUAAAUGUUACAGAAAAUAUGAAAAUAGUCAUUUAAGUAUAAGUUCACAUCAGAUGAAUUUUUUCAAUGAAAGCUGUAAAAAUGUUAUAAGGACAUUAUGAAAAGCAUCAGUGUUAAUUUAUGCGUGCUUUUUUUUUUUUCAUCACAAUGUCUAAGAGUAAACUAUUAGAAUGUUUGGGUUUCAUUCAUUUAAAAAUACACAAAUGACAUUCAAAAUAACCAAAGUCCUGAAUUUUUAUUUUUGCCUUAAAAGAUUAAUAUAUUUAAGGCUUUCCAUAUGGCAUGUGAUCUUUGUCAUUUGAUAAAGUAGCUGCAUGUCUAAACUCCUAAAUAAGAAAUAUGCAGCCAUGUGCAAAUCACACAAUAAUUAUGUAAUACUUCUUUGAGGUAUUCAUUGUUAAAUUAUUUUUACUAAACCUACCUGAGAUAAAUCAAUAUUCACCCUCUCAACGUAGGUAUAUGAAUUAGAAGAAAUUUUUAAUAUUAGCUUAAAAUCACUGUCACAGUAUUUGGAGUUAUGAUUUUGCAUUCAGUUUUUUAAGAAAGUUUAAGAAAUGCUAAAACUUGUAGGGUUAGUGUUUUUGUCUUGGGUCAUCAUUUGAAAUCAAAUUGUGUUAGACUGUUAUUAAAUGCAAAAGUCAUGUCGGCUUUUACUGGAUCAAUUUUGAAAAGCAAUAUUUUAACCUAUAAACGGCUUAUUGUCAUAGCUGGGGUGGGUUGUUUUUUUAAUGUAAACAGAGGGGGGGAACCAUCAAUAAAGAAUGUAGCUUUUAAAGUGAUAUAGCUUUUAAAUGUGGAUGCAUUCACCACAUUCUCAAGGCUUUCAAACAGCUUAAAAGUCUAGUGUUCUACCUGACUGAGCUACUUGGACAAAUAAUGCAUUUUUUUAAUUGGCCUUUUAAUGUACCAGUUUUGUGUACCAGUUCUCAGGAAUGGCACCAUUCCUUAUUUUGGCUCUAAUGAAGAAACUAGGUGAAUCCAUGGGCUUGUUUUCAUGAUAAAAUUAUUUAUUACUUAAGUGAUGAAAUACAGAACUCUAUUAAAAUUAUUUACAAACUGUAAAUAGCCUAAUGUCUAGAAAAUGGGUUCUCCCCUCCAAAGGUAUAUUUUACAAAAAUUGGUACUUUAAAGUUUAUUAAGAAGUUAGUCGACAGUUUGCCUAUUUUUUCCUGGUAAAUAAUGGCAGUCAUAUUAAUGAUUAUUUAUUGGGUCAUGGAGAAUGACCAACCUCUUUUCACCUUAAGGGUAGUAACACUGAAUUGAAAUCCACAACACAGUGAUGAGUAGAAAAGAUUGUAUGCUCUUGAGAUGAACCUACUGUAGAUCCUUGGAUAUAUUUGAGGACUUCAGUUUCCACAAAUAGAAAUCAGGCUACUUUUCUCUGGGUUGUUUUCUAAAACAAAAUUUAGAGAAGUUUGGUUGUUUUAAGCAUAUAAUUAAGAAUUGGGGAAUCUGGGUCUUUUUAUCCUGAAAGUAAUUUUUAAAAGAAACCCACAUUGAAAUCAUUUUAACCAAGAAUACAUGUGGCUAUCAGUAAUCAAUGCUUUACUCUUCAUUUUGGCCAAAAGGGAAAGAAAACAUAGGAAUCUGUACAUAUGUUGUAGAAAAUAGCAAAAUUGAUGUUGCUCACUUUGCAAAUUAGGGCUUGUUGGCACUUUUACCUGUAGGACAGAUUAAAUGUGUUGGGGGGGGGGAUUUUUUUUUAUAUAUCUUACAGUUUUCAUGAGUUUGGGGGCUAUGGUAGGGUUUAACAGAAGUGCAGGUUAGAAAGGGCUAGAUCCAUUAUGUUCACAGUACAAAAAUUUGGUUUCAAAAUUUAUUUUAUUUUCAUUAUUUUACAAAUAAAAGUACCACACUGGCAGUUGUGAUACUGUCAGAGGUGCUCUGUUAAUUUAGAUAUUCUUGGAAAAUGCAUAUGUAUAAUAUGUACAUAUAUAUAUAUACACACAGUAUAUAAUCUGAAGCUCUGAGAGCUCUUUAAGUCAGGAAUGCUGAGUAUUAUAGUCUGUUGAGGUCAGAUACAGCUCGUACAUUUUUGUGUGCUGUUGCAUCCCUUUUAGUAGUGUUUGGAUUGUGUUAUUCCAGCACUCGUGAUUGCAUUUUUUAUGUUCUAAUUACUCUUCCAACUAUUUUGUUUCUUAUUGUUAGUUUUCUUAGGCUGAUACUUAUAAAUUGUGUUUGUACUUGCCUGAAAACUUCCCCCUAAAGUAUUUUUUUGUGUGCUUUGUCUCUGGCAGCUAUUACAGUGGUUUAAAAAAAAAUUGGAAAACUUCUUUGAAAAAGAACCACUGAUUUUCUUAACCAUUCUGGGGAGGGAUUUUAACAAUUUCGUUUAGGCAAGAUGUUAUCCGAAAUGGUGUUUUGAUGAUAGUGAGCAACAUUGCUAUUAUCUGAAAGCACAAUUCCAGUCAGGCAGGCUAUAUCUAAGGAGAAGUCAUCUGGCUGACAUUUUCUCUCUUCUCAGGCCCAAUCCCCACUUGGGUAUACACCAGUAGAGGUAAUAUUUGAAAUCAUGCAAAGGCUUAGGAAAAAAACAACAGUGUUUGGUUUAACAAGGAUACUUUACUUACUUGAAGUGUUUUUAACCUAGAUUUUUCUUUAUGUAAUUAAAUCAAAUUUUAUUUUAGAAGCAGUUGUAGCCAGUCACCAGCACAAACUGGGCUCUAGUUAUUUAGACAAUUUAAAGGUUAUUUCAUUUUUCAAUUUAAGUAAGCCUAGUAUCUUAAAGUUAAAAUUUUGAAGUCAUUUCAGGGUUCAGGAAUAGUGGAAAUAAUACAACUUCUUAGUUUUGGAAGGAGCUUUUCUUUCCUUUUAUGUAGCCCUGAAAACUGUUAAUGGAUUAUAUUCCAUUGACCUGACACAAAAGUUGUAUAUUUAUUUGGGUUCUUUUUACAUUCUAUUCUUUGUAAAUGUUUGGUAUAAAAUGCACUUUUUAAAAAAAAAAAAACUACCCAAUUUCUAGGAACUUGGGUAUUAACAACUGAGAACCUUCUUUAGCAAGUAAUCAUGAACAGAUUAUUCAUCUUUCUCUCUUCCUUAUGAUUAAAUCAUGUGACUAUUUUUUAAAAAGACAUUUUGUUGUUUGAAAUAUUAGUUCCUUGAGAUUAGCCUUACAAUUAGGUGCUAAGGUAGGAGAUUUGUCAGGGCCACUAAUAACAUAAAGAUUGGAUUGGCUCAACCCCUAUCUUACUCUAUUUCAACAUGUAGCAAAUUGAAUUUUUUCUGUCUGACAAAAUUUUUCCCCCGUUUUUGGUGGGACUUUUCCCCAACAUUAAGACUGUCGAUAUGAUACCAAAUUAACCAUCUGAAUUGCAUUUAUAUAAGAGAUUGGGAAAGAUUUUUGUCAUUGUGUAAAUCAAAUAAAAUGUGCUUAAUUUUUACUCUGAAUUGGUUGUGUUGAGUCUAAAUCUGAUUAUACAUUUGAAAAAGCUUAAUGCAAAGGAAAGAAAAAUAAAAAUUUAUUGACAUAAAGGCAAAGGUGCAUGUAAUAAUUUGUUCAUUCAUUUGUAAAAAGCACAACUAGAAUUGGUUUGUUCAACAGCAAUGAAGAUGAAUUGAUGACCUGACCUGGGUAUAUGUCCUGAAUAUUGUUAAUGUUGACUUUAGCAAUUGAUAUAAGUAUAUGUACUAGGAACUGGUUUCCUUCACUUUGUAGACAAUGAUUAGGAGAGAGGCUUGAACAUAUCAUUAAGCUGAGCCAGUUUGGGAGGAUUUCAAAUAAAUUAAACAGGGUGCUGAAGUUCCAUCUGUCUCAUCUGCUUUAUGAUAAGUUCACAUUAUUUAGUGAAUGUAACUUAAGCCUUUGUAUGUGUCCUCAGGGGCAGACAGAUUUUAAGAGGGACCAGAUAACAGUUUGAAAGGAAUGAGAGUAUUUCAGGUGUUUUAGCUUGAAAUUUAUUUUUUAAAAAAUAUAAAACUUAAAAAAUACAAUGAAGCCUGGAAAGUAAGUUGAUAUUAUAAACAGGCAGAGUUGUUUAGCACAGAAGUGAAAAAUAUUGACCUGUCUGCUGCAUUCUGGUACUGUGGGUACAGGUCCUAGCUGGGGGGGUGGCGGGAGGGAAAUGAGGGUUAGUAUAUCAUGAAAAUUUUGGAUUUUUUUUCUCACCAACAAAAAAAAAAAUCAGCAGUCCUCAGGAAAUGUCUUUGAAAGGACAAGGGGGAUAAGUAAAUCAGUUAACAUACUUUGGAGUAGAUGUUUUAUAAUGUUUGCCCUAUUAAAGCAUGGAAUUUUCUAGAUUCAGCUUCAACUGAAUAGUUUGCCUGAGGGGGAAGGUACAUCUAAGAUGAUUUGAAAUUGGUGAGAAUUAGAGAUCCCUGAAAUAAAGGUCUUAUGUUAACUGGCCAAAUGAAGCAGUCUAUCAUGUGUUUGGGGACUUUAUUUUAUUUUUUGUUAAUUGGUAAAAUGCUCUAUAGAAUGUGUAUUUUAUCCAGAUGCCACUCCAUUUUAUGUAUGUAAUAAAAUUAUUUAUAUUAAAACUGGGAGAGUAAAUUGUAGAACUGCCUAUGUCUAACCUUCAAUAUUUCCUGCUAGUAUGGAUUUAUUAGGGGUGAGUAAGAGUGCUGGGUUAUCAGUUUUCUGUGUAAAGUUGUCUCUGCCUGAUUUAUUCACAUGUUGGUUAUCACCAAAAAAGAAUGAUUUCUAGUCCAAAUUCAUAAUUUAAAACUUUUUUAAAAAAGAAUAUGAUCAGGGAAGUUUCUAGAGUUGGUUUUUUUGUUUGUCUUGAUUUUUUUUUAAGAAAAUCGAGGUGAAGAUUACUUCCAUUCAUUUCUUAAUUUACCCAAAACAGUCAGCACAAAACAGGGUAUUGAUCUUAACUCUUAAUAUUUCUUUUGGAGUGGAUUAUAAAGUAAAAAACUAUAAUGGGGAAAAUAAGUUUCUAUUAAAAUUCCCUACAUUCUAGAAACAUCCCUGUUUUAACUUUUUUUUACUUAAAUCUUUUUUGUGCUUUAUGUAAAAAAAAAUGUACUGAGUUAUGAUGCAUUUUAUUAACACUAUGUACAUAUUAGCUGCUUUGUGUUUCAGAAUGGUAGUAAUUGCUUUGUAUAUUAAAGUGAUCCUUGUGAAUUUGUGAAUUGUCAUAAAGAAGUGCUUUUUCUUACUGUAAUCUUUGUGGUAUAAACUAUCAUAAUACCCUUUUUACACCAACAUUUAUGUGCAGUCACAUAAACAUGCUUUUAAAAAUG